CAAAAGCACGCACACGGACACACUACUCUUAUCCAUAGCUGGAGGAACUCACCACCACUAAACAAAGCUGAAUUUAAACUCUCUUGCUCUGCGAUGCUACGAUAGCAUCUAGCCAUGGCCACAAGUUUCUCCAGCGCGCUUUCAACCAAAUUACCCAUGAUGGGUUUCACUGGUAGCAGAAGAGACUCGAGGAACCGGAAAGCAUUUUCCAUUUCGGCUCAACAGCAAGCAGAAGUUGAGAAGGAAGUGGAAGUACAGCAAGAGCAAGCACAAGUAGGCAGUGGAACUCAGAAUAUGAACCCCAAAGGAGUGAAACCAAGGCCUGUGGAACCACAAAGGAACGUGAAGAGCAAAAACAUGAGUAGGGAAUACGGAGGACAAUGGCUUAGCUGCGCUACCCGCCAUGUGAGAAUCUAUGCCGCAUAUAUCGACCCUGUCACUUGGGAGUUUGAUCAGACCCAGAUGGAUAAGCUCACUCUUAUCCUUGAUCCCACCGAUGAGUUUGUGUGGAAUCCCGAUACUUGCAACAAGGUUUUCUCUUACUUCCAGGAGCUUGUCGAUCAUUACGAGGGUGCUCCCUUGACGGAAUACACGCUUCGCCUGAUUGGUUCAGACAUAGAGCACUACAUAAGGAAACUACUGUACGAUGGGGAAAUCAAGUACAACAUGAACGCAAAGGUGCUUAAUUUCAGCAUGGGCAAGCCUCGCAUUAUGUUCAAUAAUAAUGAUCUUCCACCUCAGGAGGCACUUGAGUAAUCGCUUGCAUAAUCCUCCAGUUUCGGGGGCGACAAUCUUGUGGAACCCACUCCACUGCGAAGUGCAGCUCUGAUUCCCAGGAGCAUGAUCUGGCCGCUUACUUGUUACUUCAUGAUUCAUUUGUUUUGUAUCUGUAUUCUGAUUUUUCCCUUUUAUAAAUAGAAUUGAAAUGAUCACGAUUUGGUCGACAACUUUGAUCCUCUUCUGUAAAUAUUGUAUGCAUUCGCAGUGGCUGCUAAAUUUUUACAU